AUGCAGAUAUGUGACAAAGAAUGGCAUUACUACGUCAUCAAUGUGGAGUUUCCUGUAGUUACCUUAUACAUGGAUGGAGCAACAUAUGAACCCUAUCUGGUGACCAACGACUGGCCCAUUCAUCCAUCUCACAUAGCCAUGCAACUUACGGUCGGUGCUUGUUGGCAAGGAGGAGAAGUCACCAAACCACGCUUUGCUCAAUUCUUCCACGGCAGCCUGGCCAGUCUCACUAUCCGCCCUGGCAAAAUGGAGAGUCAGAAGGUGAUCUCCUGCCUGCAGGCCUGCAAGGAAGGACUGGAUAUUAAUUCCCUGGAAAGCCUCGGCCAAGGAAUAAAGUACCACUUCAACCCCUCGCAGUCCGUCCUGGUGAUGGAAGGUGACGACAUUGGGAACAUCAAUCGUGCCCUCCAGAAGGUGUCCUACAUCAACUCCAGGCAGUUCCCGACGGCGGGUGUGCGGCACCUGAGAGUCUCUUCCAAAGUCCAGUGCUUCGGAGAAGAUGUGUGCAUCAGUGUCCCCGACGUGGAUGCCUAUGUGAUGGUGCUGCAGGCCAUCGAGCCCCAGAUCAGCCUCCGGGGUACGGACCGCCUCUGGAGACCCACCACCCAGUUUGAAAGUGCCCAAGGGGUGACCCUCUUCCCAGACCUCAAGAUCGUGAGCAGCUUUGCCAAAGCCGAGGCCCCGGGUGACCUGAGGACAACAGCCCCCAAAUCAGCAGUCUUAGAAGAAAUGCUUCACAACUUAGAUUUCUGUGACAUUUUGGUGAUUGGAGGGGACCUGGACCCAAGACAGGAAUGCUUGGAGCUCAACCACAGCGAGCUCCAUCAGCGACACCUGGAUGCCACCAAUUCCACAGCAGGCUACUCUAUCUAUGGUGUGGGCUCCAUGAGUCGCUAUGAGCAGGUGCUGCAUCACAUCCGCUACCGCAACUGGCAUCCAGGUUCCCUCGAGACCCGGCGGUUCAGAAUCAAGUGCUCAGAACUCAAUGGACGUUAUAGCAGCAAUGAGUUCAACCUGGAGGUCAGCGUCCUCCAUGAGGCCAGAGUCUCAGACAAGGAGCAUGUCAACCACCUUAUUGUGCAGCCUCCCUUCCUGCAGUCUGUCCACCACCCUGAGUCCCAGGGUAGCAUCCAGCGCAGUUCAGUGGUCCCAAGCAUCGCCACAGUGGUCAUCAUCAUCUCCGUGUGCAUGCUGGUAUUUGUCGUGGCCAUGGGCAUGUACCGGAUCCGGAUAGCCCACCAGCACUUCACCCAGGAGACAGAGGCUGCCAAGGAGGCUGAGAUGGAUUGGGACGACUCUGCGCUCACUAUCACAGUCAACCCCAUGGAGAAACAUGAAGAACCAGGGCGUGGAGAAGAGGAAACUGAGGAGGAGGAAGAAGUAGAGGAAGACGUGAGCUCCAGCAGCAGUGAGUCAGAGGACAGCGAAGAGGAAGAGGAGGAGGAAGGGAUGGGCAAGGGCAGACACGGGCAGAGCGGAGCCAGGCACACCCAGCUGGAGUGGGACGACUCGGCCCUGCCCUACUAGCAGCCCGCUGCCUGCGCUCACUCACGUGUCCCUUUUGUAAGCCCCACCCGAUGUACACCCAAGUCUAUCACAUGUCGCCUCUGAUUCCUAUGACAGGUCUGGGCAGGCCUCCUCCAGCCUCCUGGAAGCCACCCUUUAUGCCUUGGGCACUCCCUGUGUCCCAGCCCUGGGGAGGGUCCAAGACUCCCAGGGUCGUCAUUAGUGGGGACUUCCAGGGGGACUUUGUCCUAUAGCCCCCCACGUCUGCCUUGGGCUCACCCAGCAUCCUGUCAGCCAGUCUGCAGAGUUCUGCCUGUGCAGGGGAGAAAGUCAGCCUUUAUGUCACUCACCUUCCCCGGACUCCCUGUGCCCAGGGCCCUUGGGUUCCAGCUCACUGUGCGUGCACCUGCCCCCGUCUCCUCUUCCACACAGACCAGCAGGUUCUCCUUCCCUGACUCUUCAGGUGGCUUCACAUGGGCAAGGUGGUCAGACUUCACACACAAGAGAUCUCCAUUCUUAAAGGAAAGUCCUUGUUGAGGCAGAAUUAAUGUAUAGGGAAAGGUUCACACACACGCAUGCACAUGCACUCAUACACUCUCCCCAGUUUGGAGAGCCUUUCCCUUUGUCCUUUCUGACGCCACACAAGCUUAGAUGAAAAGUCCAAAACCAAGAGGUCCUUGGCCACAGCAGAGUCUGGUCCCCAGCCAAAGCUGUCAGCCUGCCUUGGCUGCCACCACACAGCAGAGGAACCAGGAAGCACUCCACAGAGGCACCGCCCCAGGCAACAGCGUGACAAGCCUGCAGCCAGGGACCAGAAGGAAGGGAGGAUAGGAUGAGCAGCUGGGCAUCAUGGCGGGCACAGAUCUGGGGGAUGGGGGUGGUGGGGUCUCCCCAGCCAGAGGUUGACAAGGCUUUCAGCAUCUAGUCUUAGGGUCCCUCAUCACCAGUUUCACACUGUUUUACCUCUUGAGAAAAUGCAUCCCUCUCAGAUGUGUUAGGACUAUCAUGAACUGUGCCGAAUCUAAAAUGAAAGUUUGAAGAUUCGAAUGCUAGGAAUGAGGAGCAUAUCUGUGAUAGGAACAGCUGCUGCUUUAUUCUCAUAAAAGGAGCAACGCUUUGGGUGGAGGGCAAAUAUAUCUGAAAACCUAAUUUCUUCUUGUUUUAAUAAGAAAAUCUUUUCCAACUCCAUCCUAACAUGCACACCUCGUGAGAACUGUUGCUAUGGUAACUUGUCUGUGCUCUUUUGUGACCAAGAGAAUAGCAGGCAAAAACAGGGCCAUUCUAGGACUUCCACAAGGCUCUGAGACCGUCUUUGUUUUGAAUGUCUCUGGCUUUGUCCUCUGUCUGUACAAUCUGUCCCUGUCCUCCCGCCCUCCCCCAGCCCGUACUGGCAGAGGCACAGAGCUGGCCCCUAGUCACAGUGGCAUUCAGGUUCAAAAGAAAGUUGAGAAUCUAUUCAUUCUACUCACCAUGUCACCAAAACAGAGCUUAAGGGGGUCCACCAUCAAUGUCCUCUAGUUUGACCUCCAUCCAUGAGCAGCCCCUGCAACCUUCUGAUUCAAGCAAACUACCUGAUGCAGCUUUUCCCACCACUGAUAGUGGUUUUUGCAUAUCUGUUUCCCUCCUUUGAGCCUCACCAUAAUUCGGUCAGGGAGUUGGGACAUCUACUGUCCCAGGCAUAUUUUGAGUAAACUGAGGUUCGGAGCUUCAGCACCUUGCUCAGAGUCAUUUAGAGCUAGAGACAAGACCAGACUCCCCACCUUCUACUCUUGGUCCAGUGCCCACCCACCCCACUUCUACUUAUAUUCAUAUUUAUACAGCUCACGGGCAUUUCUGAGGACCUACUAUGUGCUAAGCACUCAACCAGCAGCCCUACAAAAUGCUAAAGCUGAGGAAGAGGAGCGCUUCCCCUCCAAGAAUAUAAUCGUUGCAGAGGGGGACCCAACAGGCAUAAAAAUUCUAUGAAACAGACCCAGAGCUGGGAGAGAAGUCACAGGAGGAAGAGGCACACAAUCAAACUGAAUCAGUGCCCUAAUUUUUCCCUUAGGGAAAAAUGCAGGCAUAAGUUCGGGAUUUUAUAUUCAUUGAAUGGAAACAGUCACUUCUGUGAAUUCUCCCAACCAAAAUGCCCUUUUUCUAUCAGGCUGUGUCUGCACAUCUACAAGGAGAAAAUCUCUAACACUGCUUAGUCCCACCACUCCCUUCGUUAAAUAAAAAAAGAUUCUCCAGUUGGGCACUUAGGAGCUAACAAUUCUCCCAAAAUUAUGGCAGUAAAACCAAAUUUAUGGUUCAAAACCCAUUUUUUUUGUUAUUUGUAAGAAAUUUAUUUUUUAAUGUUUCAAGUUUUUAAAUUCUAGUAAAUUAACAUAUA